CCCGCAAGCGGAGCGGCACACACACCCUUGGGCAACACACAGAAAAUCUGCACACUACACGCUCUACACUACCGCACGGAAAGAAACAGAACGUAUUCAUCCCCUCACUUGACAUGUCUGUCUGUCUGUCUGUCUCUCUCGAUCAACGAAUGGUAGGCGAGGCGAGUGACGGCCGUCUGACGACACACACAUUACACACACGUCACCCAACGACCAACCACCACAACUGACACAAUACACAUAACGUCAGGCAGUCACAGCUCGACUUUCCACGUCUGAGCUGUCUUGUCGCCACCUCCAGCUCUGUCAUCGGAUGUCCUCGUGUGUAGGGGGGCAGCGGGCAAUUCAUCCUCAUACCCCGCAGCGAUGCCCCGCUGGCCCUCCAGCGCCGCACGAGGCGCGUCGAGACCCUCCAAUGGCUCCACACCCUUCACACACACGCAAACGCACCACACACAACGAGUCCAUACCCCCCUGUGUGCUCUUUUCGCUCGGUGGCUGACUCACUUUGAAGCUUCGCGAGGUGUACGGCACCAGCACCGAUGCGAGCCCCACACUUAGCACGCCCUCCCCCUUGACCAUCAGCUGCUCGCCCGCGGCCUCCCCCCCGCCCCCCGCCCCCUGCACAGUGCCGUUUGCAGAGGUGUGGAACUCGCGGAUGGUGCCCCGGCCGAUGAGUGAGUGCUCCACUGUAUGGUGGUCGGCUGUUCGGCUUGGGAUGGCGGGGAAAGGAAGGGAGUCGAUCAGCUCAGCGAACUCGAGCAUGUACCGGCCGUCCCAUUCACGGACGCCCAGCGCCACCUCGAGCUCAUAUGGGGUGCAUACGGGUGCAGGGAGGUCCUUGCUGAGUGCCUCUGUGAGUGGGUCCUCCGGAGAGGCCAUGUGACAGAAUGCAUCGACCUCUGGGAAGUUGCCCAGCUUGGCCACACUCAGCUUCCCGACCACCAGAGACAACACCUGACGACCAGCCGACCUGCGUCAUGCACCACACACACACAGCACACAACACACAUGCACACACACACACACACACACCAUGAGACCACUUUUUCGUUCUUCUCACGUGUGUGUGCCAACAAAACUGACCGAAUGAGCCUCUUCAGUCUGUCAUGAAGCUUCCUAUGGUGCUGCAGUGCGACUGUGCCGUAGACCAGGCCGAUCACUCGAGCGGUGCGGACGGCCUCCACCGCCCUGUACCGCCUCAUCAGCAGCCGGCCUGACUGGGACGACACCUCACAUAACGAGCCACGGACUGGCGAGUACUGCCAUAUCUGACACAGACACACAUGGACACAUGGGAGGCCAUGUGUGAGGGAGGGAUGGUGGAUGGCCGGGGUACCUACCUUGUGUGUGUUGCCAUGCCGCUUGAGGAUCCGCGUCAGGAGGGGGCUGUCAUCCUCAGCUGAUCACGGGCACAUACGCAUAUACAGGCAUGCGAUGCCCGUAAAGAACACAAUGCUGCGAUGGUGCCGUGACUCCCAUUGCGUGCGCGUAGAGGAGUACCUAUACACACAAGCUGCAGCUGCCCCGAGUCAGAACAUGGGAGCGAAUCAAGGUAGGCGCUCUCAGGCGAGUGAUCGGGGGAAACAGGGGCCACGCGGACAGACAGAGGCUGGCAGGGGCCAAUAGAGAGAGAACAACCGCUCGAAUAUGUCAGCAGAAUUGUGGACCUGUCGCCCUGCUCACCUGCAGGUCCCUUCUCCCAGGUGACGCCUCGCCGCUGUCUGAUGGCCGAUCUCUCACUCGGACAGCACACACUCGACGAUUGGCAACUGAACCACACACCACACACACACAGAGAAUCACGUCACUUCGCGCCUCCCUCGCCCCCGAGAACGAGCUCUUCGCCGCUGACCUUGCAGAGGCACAACAAUCGAGUCCUUCUGUCCAUCCGCCUCCUUCGCAUCGCCUUCGCCCUCUUGGUCGAGAUGCAGCGACGUCCUGGGGACGGCCACGGCCACAUCGAAAGGCGUCGACGAGUCAUUCGCAUCGAUGACCAUGGUGGAGCCGUUGCUGUCGGCUGUGUGGGACGGUGGCGGGAUGGGCAUGGCAUCGAGCAGCUCGUUAAGGGCGUGGUGGUAAGCCACGUCGUAGAUCAAAAGACAGGGAGAUGAGAAGAGAGCGUUGGAGUCCAUCUGAGUGUGAAUGCAGGACACGCACGGCACACCCGUCCAUGCCACCAGGAGGACCCUGCCACAGGUCAGUGCGCGUCUGCCUACCUGUUUGAUGAGCUGUGCGGCGUCGAUUGGUACGCGCCCGAACACCCACAUCACGGGCAGACCGUGAGCCGUCACCGACUGACACGACGGGCCGUAGUGCACAAUACUGUCUGAUGGACAAGCAAACAAACAAGCAAGCAAAUGAACAAGCAGACAGACACAGAGCCAUCCAUGCAUCCAUCCAUCCAUCCAUCCAUCCAUUGCCGUCUUGCUACCCUCAUACACCAACCUGCCUACCUGCUCCAUAGUGCUGUGCAGCCACCUCGUCCACGGAGCACGCCCCAUAGGCAGUGUCGCCCAGCACGAACACCAGACACUCAGACGCGCCGCAUUGGCGAAGGCGUCGCUGAAGGGCCGAGCAGACGGCAGGUGCGUCCCUGAGGAGCGUGUCAGGGAACUGAAGCGCGGUUCGGCGAAAGCCGUGCCUAUGGAUGAGUGAGGCGAUGUGGUUGAUCUCGUAGAAAGAUUCCAGCGACACUGGGCACACGCUCCCAUCGCCAUUCACAGCCAUUGAGUUCGAGAAACUUCCCGCGGAG